GCAAUGCCACGCUUCCGACCCCGCUCCCCUUCUUUCCACGACCACGGCCCCUCACCCGGCUAUCAGCUGCUGAACGAAUUCAAGGAUCGCCUGGGCUCGGAGACGCUCAGUCCGGAGCUUGCGCACCAACUGUUCGGCAAAUUGCUUCGUCAACCCGUCAAGGUACCAGGACGCGCGCUCAACGGCUUUUUCGCCGCCCUCGCGCGUGCCCCGCCCUCCAUCGCCUGCCCCGAUGGCCCUGCCCUGGCCAUCGCCCUCUUCAAACAAAUGGCCCGAGCAGGCCAACGUGUGGUGACGGCACCCACCGUUCACACAUACAACAUACUGAUUGAUUGCUGCCACCGUGCACGCCGCCCGGACCUAGGGCCUGCCUUCUUCGGCCACCUCCUCAAGACAGGUAUCAGGGAGGACGUCAUCACUUUCAACAAUUUAUUGAAGUGCCUUGGUGACAUGAAGAGGACGGAGGAGGCUCUGGACGUGCUGCUACACAAGAUGCCCGACGAUCUGCCUAAUGUCAUUUCCUACUCAAUAAUUCUCAAGGGCUUCUGCAACAACGGGAGGAGCCAGCGUGCGCUUGACCUGCUCCGGAUGAUGACCAAAAAAGGAUCUGACCACUCUCCCAACGUGGUUUCAUACAACACGGUAAUUGAUGGCUUCUUGAAGGAGGGUGAAAUAAGCAAAGCUUUGGAUCUAUUCCAUGAAAUGAAACAGCAGGGGGUUGUGCCUGAUGUGGUGACAUAUAGUUCCAUUAUUGAUGGGUUGUGCAAAGCAAGCGAAAUUAAAGAGGCAAAGGUGGUCCUUCGGCAAAUGGUCGAUAAUGGUGUUCGGCCGAAUACCGUGACAUAUAAUAGCCUGAUCCAUGGAUAUUCCACUUCGGGCCAGUUGGAAGAAGUCGCUAGGUUGUUGGAAGAAAUGAAAACUCAAGGUAUCAUGUGGGACGUUUUUACUUGCAACUCAUUCAUGGACUAUCUUUGCAAGACCGGAAGAAUCAAAGAAGCUGCAGAAUUAUUUUACUCCAUGGCUGAGAAGGGCCAUAAACCCGAUGUUGUCUCAUACAACACGCUUAUUGAUGGCUUCUUGAAGGAGGGUGAAAUAAGCAAAGCUUUGGAUCUAUUCCGUGAAAUGAUACAGCAGGGGGUUGUGCCUAAUGUGGCGACAUAUAACUCCAUUAUUGAUGGGCAGUGCAAAGCAAGAGCAAUGGACAAGGCAGAGGGGGUCCUUCGGCAAAUGGUUGAUAAUGGUGUUCGGCCGGAUACGGUGACAUAUAGCAGCCUGAUCCAUGGAUAUUCCACUUCGGGCCAGUUGGAAGAAGUCGCUAGGUUGUCGGAAGAAAUGAAAACUCAAGGUAUCAUGUGGGACAUUUUUACAUGCAGCUCAUUCAUGGACUAUCUUUGCAAGACCGGAAGAAUCAAAGAAGCUGCAGAAUUAUUUUAUUCCAUGGCUGAAAAGGGCCAUAAACCUAAUGUUGUCUCAUACGCUAUUAUGCUUAAUGGGUAUGCUAUGGAAGGAUCCCUUGUUGAUAUGAAUGAUCUCCGUGACCAGAUGGUACGAGACGGAGUUGUACCCUGUCUCAUUGUUUACACCAUACUGAUUGGUGCAUAUGCUCAGUGCGGAAAGAUGGACGCAGCAAUGCUUGUCUUCGAAGAUAUGUUGAAGCAUGGUGUGAACCCUGAUCAGGUCACAUAUUUAAUUGUGAUAGCUGCAUUUUGCAGAAUGGGCAGGAUGGAUGAUGCCAUGGACAAAUUCAGUGAGAUGAUUGAUAUGGGAGUACCACAUGACACUGAUGUUUAUGAGUGCAUGAUCAAGGGUUACUUUAGACAAGGUGAUUUGGUGAAAGCCAAUGAAUUGUUUACUGAAAUGAAGAACAAGGGUAUUCGGCGUAGGCCACAGAAGGGCAGUGGAAGAACACACUAUGUUUGACUUUAUUAUCCGCGCUGGUUAGAGGCCUGAUCAUGUUUUAUUUACUUCAAUGAUCGAUGAAUAUUGCUUAGUCGCCAAGAUGGAGAAAGCAUUCAGAGUAGUUGAUACUAUGGUAUCAGAUGGCAUGAGCCCUAGUGUUAUUACUCAUCACUUGUUCCUUAGCAUGCUUAU